AAGACAAUGUUGGCAAGCAAAAACAUUUCACGGUCAAGUCAAGCAGAGCCGGAAGAAAUUGCCAAAGCAACGUUCGCCUGUGCCGCCAAGCUGUUUGUUAUUUUAUUUUCACCUGCAAUCAAGUCAAGGUGUUGCCAGCUUUCCAAUUACAUAUGCUAGGCACUGGAUAGGAUAGGAUAGGAUAGUGGGGAUUUGCAUAAACCACUGCAGCAUCAACAGCAUUAGCAGCAGCAGCGGCUGAUUGACUCGUUUGGAGACCCCAAAACUGGUUACCGGAACCAAUAAACCAGAUGAAUAUUAAUUUGCUAGAAAGUUGAAUUGGCACUGCAGUCGAUUCCCCCCAUUGGCCGCACUAUUCGAAAAGAACAAUCAUCACGUGGCCAGAGGCAAAGGCAAACAGUGCACGUAGGCCAACAACAGCAGCACCACCAAAGCCAAAAGCACUCGACGGGAGAAAAACUCACUCAAAAAGCGGCGACAGAGACGGCGACGGCGGCGGCGGCGGCGACCCACUCAAAACUAACGCACGAAACAAAGCAGGCAGGCGGCUGUGGGGCUCAUGCUUUAUAUAAAAUCAACUGAGCAUAUCUGUUGGAAUUCAUUAAACGUUUUACUGCACAACCCGACCGACGUACGACGUACAGCAGUUAGAGGCCCGAGAGCUCCGUCGCACACAAAUCUUUCGUCUUCACACACAAACACCCAGCAGCAGCAGCAGCAGAAGCUCAAUCAACCAUCAAUAUGAAAUUUUUAGUCACCAUCGCCGCCCUCUGCCUGUGCCUGGCGUACGUUACGGGCCAGCAGUACUUUUUGGGAAAGUUCCCGAGUCGGGCCCGCUUUGGAUUUGAUCCCCUGUCCCUCGCCCAGCCUUCAUCUGCCACACAACAAGUGCGGGAUCCGCGGCAGAACAGAGGCCCCGUUGUGUUCCCCCCAUCCCCGCCAGAUGCAGUGGACGAGUCCAGCGGCGUGGUUGUGGGUGCCUCCGGCUAUGGCUUUGUGCCGCCCCAGCAAAGUAAUGCGAAUAUCUUUAAGCGCACUGUCUGAGCACACACAGGGAAACAUGCAUAGAUACAGAUAGAUCCAUCUCAUUCCACAAUCACACACACACCCACACACACAGAGAAGAUAAAAGAAAAGCUUUAUUAGUGCAAUAGUGUAGCAGCAGUAGAGCAGAGCAGCGUUUUCUUAUAAUCGUAGUUUACUAUGUUAUUCCUUUAUUAUAAUUUAGUUUGUUGAAUAAUUGUCGAGUACCUAAUUUGCCAACUAUCAAACAAAUGUCUUAUUCGCAGGAAAAGUCUCUGGUUAAACGUAACAAACACAAAUCUUCACACAAAUCGUAAUGCAAAAGCUUUAUCCACCCAUCCAACUCCCACACAAGCACACACACGCACACGCAGGCCUUCAACGCACAUGCACACA